GUAGUGAGGGAUGAUUUAAGGAGUUUUACAAACAACGAUAUGCACGGAUGCGGAUCAAUUUCAUGGUUACUUCUUUUUUACCUCGAGAUAAACUUUCAAGGCGCUUAUGGAAAAGCAAUGCCGAAGCCUAUUGCCUUGUACAACUUUACCCUGCCUUACGGGUACGAGGACAUGAGCGGAAAUGGCCUUCCACAGGUCAACUUGGGGCGAAACAUUAGAAUGGCGGAGGGGCCCUGGGGUAAUCAAGAUGGAGCCUUUCAGUUUAUAGGACAUGAACAUUCCUGGGCAGACAUUCCUAAAAGUUAUCAUGCAGACACAAGGUAUUCCAUCACAGCACUUCUUUGGGUACGGCAGGAGACUUCAGGCCCAAUCUUGCUGUAUGACAAAUAUAGCUUGAAAGGGGUAAACUUCUGGUUUAGAACUUCUACGGAGCUGUACCUCCAAAUACCAGAGCGUGGCACGGGUACAAAAUAUGGUGCAUCUACAUACAGCAACCUCACUACCAAUACCUGGCACCAUGUGGGGUUCACUUAUGACUACUCCACUGGCCUGCAAAGGCUCUACGUAAAUGGCACUAUGGUUGCAGAGAGGAAUAUCGGCACUCAUGAAAUUGCUACCAACUAUGAGAUUCGCUUUGGAAAAAGUUACGGUAUUCGCUUAACUUCAACCAGCGAAUUCAUGUGGAAAGGCCGUAUGCAUUGCUUCCAGUUGUAUGAUACAGCUCUCACCCAAGUCGAAGUAAAGACAGCUAGAGAUAUGUGCACCCGGAAAGAAUUACUCAAGAUGUGCUCUAGUUAUAAAAUAUUGAAGAAUUUCACCGAGGCUAAGAGCCACACCUGGUACAAAUUCAAUGGUAAAAAGGCAAAGAAAAUAAAGACUACUUGCCCAGCAACUUCAGAUUGCCAUGUUUGGAUCAGGGGUUCUCACCCUGCAAGAGCUCUAGAAUCAGUUGAACAUGAGCUGUGCCUUCGUGGGGCGAGUGGCUGUGAGCAGAAGGCGAAAGUAGAGAUACGACAGUGCUAUGGAUUUUACGUCUACAAGUUCAAAGGUCUUCCAGCUCGAGAUGCAAACCUCAAAAUAUGCCUCGCAACAGAUUCCGACAUCGUUGCACCAGACACACUCUUCGAGCAAAUACCUGGUCAUUGUCUCACCGAUCAUGUGUACCACACUGAAACUGAAGUUCCCUCCCCUCAUGAGUGCAUCGACUAUUGUCUGGUAGAUGACAAAAGAUGCAAGUCGGUCAACUACAGCGCGCGAGAAAACGGCAUGUGCCAACUGAACAACGCUACGGCCACAGAAUUUGACAGACACCUGGCAAUCAAUCAGACAUGGGAAUACUACCAGCCAUCACAAGCAAUUUUUGUCAUUUAGUUCUUAACUACAGGCGAACACUGGACAGCGAUCAAUUACACAUGGGAAUACUACCAGUCAUCACAGUCAAUUACCGGUAUGACUGGCCAUGGUCAAUAACACCAGCCAUCACAGUAUAUUACCGUUAUACAGUUCUUAUCAGCCAUCACAGUUUAUUAUUGUUAUAUAUAGUUCUUUACUAUACAUGGAACGAUCAACCGGAGAUAAACCGUGUGGCAGCGUAGAGGCUGGGACGUGCUCACCCACGGAGCACAAUUUCCUGUGACGUCGCAACUUUCAUCAUCCACAGGGAACCCGAUUAAAACGCCUGGGACAGGAGCGCGCUUUAUAAGAGGACUUUUUAUUUGAGUUUCUAUCCGUCGAAUAUUAAUACUGACCGCGUCAUAGUACGCGUAUGGUCAAAAUGUCAACUCGAGGAUGUCUCAUUGAAAGUUUACGGAGAUGUUUUCCUACCUCGGCAAGUUCUGUAGUAUUCUCGUCAGUUAAGCUGGAUACGAUGCACCGUACUGUGUCUUCACGGGUUCUGUAAAUACAUGUUAGACUUUAAACAAGGCCAGCCAUGCCGCCAUUUUGAACGCCCGGGGCCGGUUCCUAGAAAGCAGGUUAGCGCAAGCCUAGGUAUUAAUACGGCUAUCUUGACAUUUGACUGGAUAAAAAGGGUAUUGAUCUCUGGUUAAGCGUUGACUUACUUUCUAGGAACCGGCCCUGCAAAAUAUUCACACGGAGCAUCUACUUCAAUCGGCUAAUUAAAACAUCAAAUAUUUCAAACAAUAUCGUAAGUAUCGUUAGGUAACAGACUUAAAUCUUGGUUAAUUUCUUGCCAAUAGUCGGUUGUAUUUAAAAAAAUAAUAAUAAAAACAAGGAAAUUGGUUGAUCGACAUUCUUCCAUUUUGAACAAAAAUGUCGAGCCAACAAAGAGGUAGCAGCUGCCCUUACAAUAAACUUAUAGAAGAAACAAGCAAAUGCAAUGUGGUUUACUCCCAAGCUCACUAAACCGGCAAGCGGCAGAACCACUACCUUUAAACAGAAUCGUACAACUUUGGAAUUAUAUAUGUAAAUUCUCUUUUGCCAAUAAGUUCGUAUAAGUUUGUAGCCUUGAAAUUUUCGAAUUAUUAUGACUUGUAUUUUGAACAUCUAAACUUGUUUUAUGAUCCGGGCUACUCCUGUAUCUAGACUCGCUGGCCACAUGUUAAUAAUUAAUUUUAUCUUAUUAAUUAGUUAGUUAAAGUUCGCGCUUUCCCUUUUGUACAUUA